UUUACAGCUGUUUUUUGAUUACGAAUAAUGUCGAAAUUACGAUAAGAAUUUAAAUUGUGGAUAUUUUAGAUUUUUUUAUACAUAGAUUGGUUCACCGUGUACAAUAUGUGUGUUGCCAAUUAAUUUCAAAAGCUCACAGUUAAACAAAAUUGAUCAAAUCAAAGAUCAAAGAUAUGUCAACAUUUGCGUUCCCCGGUUCCUUGGAAUCUGAAACGGCGAUGGAGUUAAUAGAUAUUCUGCUUGACUUUAUGGAUAUUGCAAACGAACCAAACUUGAAGCGUGUUAUUCAAUUUGUCUGCGGCUUACUAAAUACAGACAACAGUGAAAAUCUGAAAUUAGCUUCAAAAUUGAUUUCAAAGUUGUUUGCGGUCAUAAUGCCUGAUCCAGUAAAAGAUGAAGUAUGGCAGAUCCGCAAUCCCCAACUGGUAUCCGACUUCAUUUUGUGUGUACAAAUGUGGACAGGCCACUUUCCAGAUGAAGGCAAGUUUCUAUUGGCUCAGCUCUGUUCAAGGGCUUCAAAUAACGAGAAUGAUCCACAUGCUGGUCAAAUAUUAGUACAGCUAAUGGAUGACAUUUUGCGCGAUUCGGGAGCCGAAUAUAUUGAGUCUUCAAAGCUGUUCUGCCGCAUACAGAAGCUCCUGGAAUCGAAUAAAAAUGAGGAACGUAUAUCUGGGCAUCUGCUUCUGAAAAAGUUACUAGACAAGAGCAAGUGCACCGAACUGAAUUUGUUCUCCCAUAUUAGUGUAAUUGAAUGCCUGAAAAUUGAGCAAUCCCCAGAAAAUCCAGAUUCGUUGGGUGCUCGGCUAUCGCUUCUAAAGGAAAAUAAUACAGAUGGAAAUUGGAUGCGCAUUUUCUACAUUAGCUUGUUGCAGGACAGCAAUAUUCCAAGGCUGCACUCGACCCUUGUCUUUAUUAUGGAUCACUUUACUAUUGCUGAACUCUGUAGCGCCCGUCUACUGAAAGAGUUCCUUGCAGCUACCAAUAGUCCGCAUCUGCACGACAUGGAGGGCAUCAAUUUGCCAGAGCAACAAAUGAAAACAUUCUUCUCAAAAAAUACCCAGAAGCAGUUGUUCAAGGCGUUUGGAGAGGUGGCCUGGCACGGAGUUGCUCUGUGCCGUUGGCUGAAUUGCAUAGAGACUUGUAUUAAGUUACAAAUUACUAAGAACCUGUUGCUGAAAAUGGGUAAGCUUGUACGAAAUAUAGAACAUAUUGAUUUACGAAACAAUGCCAGUAAUCGUUUUUGUGAGGUCUUUAAGGUCAGCAUCGAAAGUUUGUCCGUGGGCGAUUUCAUAACAUUUAUAAGGACGCUAUAUAAUGACAAGGAUAUUGUGUGCGCUUAUGGACUUUAUUUGCUAGCAAGGAUAAUCGAGAAUUGCAAAAAUAUAAGCGAAGAAAUUGGUUUGUUUACGAAAAGCUUCUACGAAUUCCUUAGUGAUAAGCGGGAGAACUAUUAUCUAUGGGAUCCACUUAUGGAACUAUUGAGGCAAUUCGAACAUGUGCCAAAAACACAGCACGGAUGGUGGCGUUUUCCUGCUUUCUUUUCUUUACAUUACAAUGAUGAAGCUAAAGAUUUUUACCGCAUUGAGUACGAUGUAAAUAUUGAACUGAUCAACGAGUGUAAAAAUCUAGAAGAGUUGCAGAAACAUUUAAUCAAUAAGCUAAAUUGCCAAACGGAGGAGGAAAAAUAUUUUGUAAUGCAGCAAACUGUCGAUUUAUUUCUUGAAAAGAACGUGCAUCAGUGGAGUCAACUCGAAGAGUUUCAUUUGGAUCCUGUGGAAGUUUUGGAGAAUGGCACAUUUAAAACAAUAUCGCAUUUGUCAAAACUUUUGAGUGUGCAUGACAAACAGCUGCAAGAUGACAAAGUAAUUGAAACUUUUCGAUUACUGUUAAGGAAUUAUCCCAGUCGCUGGAUCAUCCCUGGAAACAUAUUGAAAUAUGUAUGUAAGCAUCUGGACAUAUAUAAAACGGAAAAGCUUUUGGACGAAAUGAUUGCAAAUAGUAAUGACAAUUGGGAGCUUGGAUCGAUUUUGUAUAGCACAAAUUCCCUAUCGGUAUCUAAGCUGAUAAAUGAGUUACUUUAUUGUAAGACUCCAACCGGGAUUUCACGCAUCGCGUAUGCAUAUUUAAAUAGUUUAUCCACCUGGAAUAUAAAAGAUCAUAUCAAACGAAGCAAUUAUAUUAUGUAUGUCAGUCGAAUGGAAGAAAAACAAUCGGUUCAUACACUGUUUGAUGAAUUAUUAAACAUCAAUGAGCAGAUUACUAAAAAGGUAGUUUUGGAAAAUUCGAGAGACCACAGAAUUCAAAUGCGCAUCAUCAGAACAUUUUUAAAUUACGAAUCCUUGCCGGAGUAUUGGUCUGACAUGCUCUGGACAGCUCUUCUGGCCCCAAACAAUCUACUUAAUAUUACGUACCUUUUCGAAUGUCUGGUUGCAAAACUUUUGCCAUCUUACGAACUGUUAUUGGAGAAACUGAAGACGCUGACAAGCCUGCAAUCCAAUCAACAAGAGUCAAUCAUAUCUGUUUUUUAUAUAUAUUGCACGAGGAAUUGGGAUUCCCUAAAAUUGGAACAGCUGCAAACAGCUUUUGAGUCGCUUUGGCUACAUAUAAUGACUGUUAAAUUCCAGACAAUGUUUUUUAGUCAGUUAAUACUACACCGACUGAUUGUUAAAUGUAUGGAGAAGAGUAUUGACCUUCCCUUUCUCGAUGUAAUGAAGUCUAACCUGGAAUUGUUAAUUGGAGAUAAGGUUUUCGAGUAUCGUGUGGAGGCUCGUCUGUUGCUACCAAAAAUAUUAGAGUAUUAUCCUGCUGCCGAUUCAAUCCUUUAUAUGACAAAUGCACCGUUUGACGAAUACAAUAAUCCAAAAUGGGACUAUUCACAAAAUGAAAUGGAAAAAUUGGACAGUAUCCGAUCUGCCUUUAAGGCCAAAUGUCUGACUGCUUAAAGUUGAUAUAAAUUUUUACAAGUAUGAUUUAAAAAUAAAUGUUAAGCAAUUGUUAUUUGUAUGAUUCUAUUGAGAGAAAUAUGUUAAAUGUAUAUUAUAUUAUUACUGCUUAGAGUAAAGCAGUUAUACCACUAUCCUUGGGAAAUUGUGUGUUGUUGAUAAAAUUAAAAAAUUGUAACGAACUAUGUAAUAGUACAC